GUAGGUGAGAGAAAAGACCGUGGGAAAAUCAUAAUUUCGGUAGUCAGCAUAUAAAAGUAAGGGGUGUAAUUUGCGAAGUUUCAGUACAAGGGAAGUAACUCACCCACAAUGAAGGUAUUAGCGGUAUUUAGCUUGUGCCUGGCAAUUGCCACUGCCCUUCCUUUGCAUGAGGAAGUCGGCGAGGAACAUAUCCCAAUUCCCAACGAGGAGCAGGGAUUCGAGCAGAACUGGCAGCUUGUGCCGGAUGGUGAUGGCCGUUUGCAUCUUGUGAACACUGAUCCCUUCAAUCUGGGUAGCCAGGAUGAACCUGCGCCUUUGUUCAAUGCUGAUGCUGAUACCAUCUUCAUGCUGUUCACCCGCAACAACCGUAAUAGUGGACAUCGUAUCACUCCUGGCAAUGCUGGCACUCUUGGACCGCAUUGGAACGGAGGUCGUCAGACCCGUUUCAUUAUUCACGGUUGGAACAACAAUGGAGGAUCGGAAGUGAAUGUUAAUAUCCGCAAUGCUUAUCUUGACCGGGCUGAUCUCAACGUGAUCGUUGUUGACUGGGGUGGUGGUGCGCAGAACCCGAACUAUGUGACGUCCCGCAACCACAUCACUGCUGUCGGUGCUGCCGUAGCUCGUUUCAUCGAUUUCUUGAACCAGAGCGGAGGCAUGUCCUUCAACAACGUUUACGUUACUGGACACAGUCUCGGAGGUCAUACUGCCGGUAUUGUAGGCAAGCGUGUCACCCGUGGUCGUUUGAACACGGUUGUAGCGUUGGAUCCUGCUCUCCCGCUUUUCUCCAUCAACGAUCCUGGAAACCGUGUUGCGUCAGGAGAUGCCAACUACGUUGAGGUGAUCCACACGAACGGAGGACUGCUCGGUUUCGAUCUACCCAUCGGUCAGGCUGAUUUCUACCCCAACGGUGGUCGCAGCCAGCCUGGAUGUGGUGUUGAUUUGGCAGGUACCUGUGCUCAUAGCCGUGCUCAUCAAUUCUUCGCCGAAUCGGUGCGUCCGGCACAGAGUGGUUUCAACUCUGUCCGUUGCGCGAACUACGAUCAGAUCUUGAACAACAACUGCGUGUCGUCGGGAGCUAACGCUCGUAUGGGUGGAGAGCCUUCCAACGUGGGUCGUGGCGUAAAUGGAGUAUACUUCCUCACCACCAAUGCCCAGAGUCCGUUUGCACGUGGUUGAGAGGUGACAAUGUGAAAAUAAAAAUUAUUCGAAAUACAGAAGCUGAAACAAUUAUUGGAUGAAUUUGAUAUUUAACGAAUC